AUGUCAACUAGUCACGAUGCAUAUCUGGCACAGCCCUCUGGGAAUUGUUGUCUCACGGGUACCAUUCAUCAAGGAAAACCCAAGGGAAGAUUCACGAUCAUUGCUGGUAUUGAGACAUACGUUUCGGAGCCACCAGCAGGCAAAGCAAAUGGUCAUGUCCUCCUGUACUUUCCUGAUGUAUGGGGCAUGGCCAUCAACGGUCUGUUGAUUAUGGAUGGGUUCGCGGAUGCUGGGUUCCUAGUCCUUGGUCCAGACUAUUUCAGGGGUGACCCUGUUACAAAACACAGAAAGGACCGUCAUGAUAUAACGACGGAGCCAGGGUUCGACUUUGAGGCGUGGAAACUUAAACACACGACAUUUUCCGACCAAGCAGUCCCUCAUUGGAUCAAGGCGGUACAAGAGGAGUAUGGAAAGUUGCAGGCCAAAUUUGCUUGUGUUGGGUACUGCUUCGGUGCCCCUUAUGUUUGCAAAGAACUUGCAGAAGGUGGCAGUUGUGUGGUUGGUGCUUUUGCGCACCCGGCAUUUCUCAAGGAGAGUCACUUCCGCAACCUCACCCAACCGUUGUUCCUUUCGUGUUCCGAGAUAGACCACACCUUUUCAACAGAUUCCAGAAACCAUGCGAUUGGUAUUCUCAAAUCUGAAAGCAAAAAGUACCACCUACAACUAUUUUCCGGUGUCGAACACGGGUUUGCCUUGCGUGGGAACCCGGAAGAUCCAUAUCAACGCUGGGUCAAGGAACAGAGCUUGCAAGGCAUAAUAGGCUGGCUCAAGUUCUGGUUAGCACAGUGA